CGCCAACACUCACUCCUCCAUGCUGCUGCAGCUCCCCUGCUUGAACGGGCGAGCCACAACACAGUCGUCCAAAGCUCUCUCUCUCUCGCCAACGUCUGCCGGAACAACGUUACUGGCUCCUGCUUCUUCCGGCUGGUGACUCCACUUUCCUCAAUAUCUUAGAGAAGCUCGGAAACUGUCUCUGAACGGAGUUCCUCACUUCCUUGUGUGGAUCAAGAAACCGUAAAACAUACGAUUCUGUCGGUUUUUGUUGUGUAAACUUGAAUUCCUACAAAACCACUUAGGGCCUUAGGAUUUUCCUGGUUUGGCUGAAGAAAAAGGACGCCCACUUUCCAUCUCUUCCUCAAUGGGUUCAAGGAGAAAAGUUAAACUAUCAAGUAAAAAGGAACCCAAGGGUGAAGACAACCAAACUGACACUAUGCCAGACUCAACAUCAAAGAAAACGGCUAGAGAGCAUAUGGAACAGUUGGAGAGACUCCAAGAAAAGGAUCCGGAGUUCUUUGAAUUCUUGAAAGAGCAUGACAAGGAGCUUCUUGAAUUUAAUGAUGAGGAAAUUGAUGAUGAUGAAGAAAUUGAACUCGAUGAUGAGGCAAUGGAAGAUGAGAAGGAAACUGAUGAGCUUGAGAUGGAGCAGGCUUCUAGGGAACAAUGGAAUAAGUCCGUUAAAAAUGUAGUUACUAGUGAAAUGGUUGAUUCUUGGUGUAACUUGAUUAGAGAAAAGAGAAACAUAGGGGCAAUCCGCUCUCUUGUGAGAGCAUUUCGUUCUGCUUGUCAUUAUGGUGAUGAUAGUGAUGCUGACCCUACAUCAAAGUGGAGUACUAUGUCUAGUGGUGUUUUCAAUAAGAUCAUGCUAUUUGUUUUGAAUGAAAUGGAUGGAAUUCUUCGUGGCUUGUUGAACUUACCAGCUUCUGGGGGUACAAAGCAGAUGGUAGAAGAUACAAUGACUACUAGGAAGUGGAAAAACUUCCAAAACUUGGUGAAGUCUUAUCUGGGAAAUGCUCUACAUGUUCUCAACCAGAUGACUGACACUGAAAUGAUUUCAUUUACCUUAAGGAGAUUGAGAUACUCAUCUAUCCUUUUAGCUGCUUUUCCAGUUCUUUUGAGGAAGUACAUUAAGGUGCUUCUUCAUUUUUGGGGUACUGGAGGAGGGGCAUUGCCAGUUUUCUCUUUUUUAUUUUUAAGGGACUUGUGUAUCGAGCUUAGUUCUGAUUGCAUUGACGACUGCAUUAAAGGAAUGUACAAAGCCUAUGUUUUAAACUGUCAAUUUGUCAAUCCAACAAAGCUUCAGCACAUUCAGUUUCUUGGUAAUUGUUUCAUUGAACUUCUAAGGGUGGACCUUUCCACUGCAUACCAGCAUGCCUUUGUUUUCAUUCGGCAGUUAGCAAUGAUUUUGCGGAAGGCCCUUGAUUCAAAAACCAAGGAAUCAUUCAGAAAGGUCUAUGAAUGGAAGUAUAUAAACUGUCUUGAACUUUGGACUGGAGCAAUAUGUACAUAUUGUUUAGAAGCAGAUUUCAGACCACUUGCUUAUCCAUUGACUCAAAUUAUAUCUGGAGCAGCUCGUUUAGUUCCAUCUGCUCGGUAUUUCCCUCUUAGACUGAGAUGUGUCAAGAUGCUCAAUCGAAUUGCUGUUUCCACUGGUUCUUUUAUACCUGUCUCUCUGCUCCUUUUGGACAUGCUUGAGAUGAAAGAAUUGAACAAGCCUGCAACAGGAGGAGUAGGCAAAGCUGUUGAUUUGAGUUGUGUGAUAAAGGUGACGAAACCCACCUUAAAAACUCGAGCAUUUCAAGAGGCUUGUGUUUUUUCAGUGGUUGAAGAACUUGCUGAGCAUCUUGCUCAGUGGAGCUACUCUGUUGCCUUCUCUGAGCUGUCUUUUGUACCUGCUGUUCGGCUACGCAGUUUUUGCAAGUCCACAAAGGUUGAGAGGUUCCGUCGAGAAAUUAGGCAAUUCAUUCGUCAGGUUGAGGCAAAUUCCGAAUUUACAAAUAAGAAGCGUAUGACUGUUACAUUUCUACCCAAUGAUUCAGCUGCAUCAUCUUUUCUUGAGGAUGAAAAAAAGGCAGGCAUUAGCCCUUUGUCAAAAUAUGUUGGCACUCUUCGCCAGAGGGCACAACAAAGAAGCGAAUCUUUAAUUGAAUCGAGUGUUAUUGUUGGUGAACGUUCAUCACUAUUUGGAAGUAAGGUGAUGGAGGACGUUGACGAUGAUGAUGAUAGGGAAGACAAAGGUGAUGCUAUCUUCAAUUCGUCUUGGCUACCAGGAGGCAAUUCCAAGACAAAGCACUCGAAAGAGAAGAAGACAAAGAAAAGAAAGAGGUCAAAGGAUGGCGGUGUUUCUGAUGAAGACAUCGUGGAGGAUUUGGUGCUUAGCUCUGAUGAAGAAGGUUCCAUGAGCGACACACCUACUGAAGACAUCAGCAAGAAGCCGAAAUCAACUGUAGAGCCAUCUAAGAAGAAAGGUAAGUUUAAGCCAAAGAAAUCAAAAAAGAGAAAGCCUUCGAGUUAAUCAAUUAUCAAAUUCAUCGACAUUUUUGCUGUGCUUAGGAUUUUAUAAAACAAGAAAUUUCUUUGUAAUGUUGCUCAAGCCCAAUUUUGAGAAAAUGAGAAUCUAGUCCUAAUUUUGCUUUUUGUUUUCUCUGUUUUAAUGGUCAUUCUGUAUUACACUUUAAAUUAUUUAUUUGACCCCUUCUGAUAUUGGUGCUAAGUAAAGAAAAAAUUG